CCGGGUGCACAGGGCCGCGCUCCGCACGCGCACCACUCCCGCAGCCGCCCGGGCGCGCGCGGCCCCCCAUCCAGCUGCCCAGCGACCAUGAGCUGCGGCGCGCGGGUCGCGGAGAGCAGUGGUGAUCACAGUGCCUCUUCAGAAGAAAAAGAUUGCCCUAGCCCCAACCUAGAUACUUCAAAGGACUCUAAAUCAGGAGAAGACAGCAGUUGUGAGAGCAGUUCUGAAAGUGAGUCUGAUAAUGAGGAGCCAAAACCAGAAAAAACAAAUGGGGAACUAGGAGAGUCUUCCACUGAGGAAGCUUCUGCUCAGGUGUCUUUUAUAGCUGAAGAAUGGGAGGAUAGAGAAUCACCCACAGAUUAUUUUAAUUCAGAGUUUAAUAAAAUCCAACCUUACUGUGAACACUGUAAUGCUGAAAAUAAACACAAUGAACAAGUGACCCCUAGGCUCCUUUCCCGGGGACAGUUUUUACUGAAGGUGGACACAGAGGGAAUUUACCAGUGCACAGAAACUGGUCUGAUAUUUGAGGUGAACAGAAAAGUUGACAUCAAGUAUUGCAUUUUGUCCUGGAGCAAAUACGCAGACCUGGUUGUUAAGCCCUGGGCUGUCAGUGGACCCUUGUUUGAUGUUAAAUGUGACCCAGCCUGUCUUACGUCCAUUCAGUUUCCACAUUCCCUCUGCUUGGGUUAUCAUGAUGCCAAUAUGACCUUCAAAGUCUUACAUGUGAAAAGUUCUGGGGCCUUGUUAGAAUCCACUGUGGAUCAUUCUGCAACCCAUGUCAAAUGGCAUGUGAGCUCGCUUUCUCCUGUGGGACCUGUUAUUCAAAGUGAAGAAACAGUAUACCACCACGGGGCUGUGAUUCUGUACAAAGCCAUUGACCAUAAUCCAUCCUUGUCUUUUCGAGUGUAUAUAGCAACCAAUAAUGAGUCCUUCAUCAAGGAUAUUUCCAAGUCUGUGAAGCACUCCUCUAAGAAAUUCAUGAAAAUCGACAAGCCUCCUGUUUGCCAGAAGUUACUGCAGAAUGGGAAGAAAUACAGACUGAUCAGUGAGCCAGAAGCUGAAAUUACCCCAGAGGAAAUUGAAUUUGUUGAUGGUUCACUUUUAAAAUUGAAAAGUUAUAUUGAAGUGUAUUUGGAGCAACCAGUGGAGUUUAAAUUGCUUUUGGUUGAAAUGGAUUCUGAGGAAAUUGUAUGGAAAGCAAAACUGAGAGAAUGUGACUGGGUUCAGCAUGAUCAGGAUCGGAACAGUUCGAAAAGGAGCACAGGUGGUAACAGGCGACGAAAAUUGAGUAGCAGCUUACCUGAUGAGGAGGCCUAUGAUAAAAGAAUGAAGCAGGUUGACACUUCAGAUGGAGUGAAGGCCAGAGCCCUGCUAACAGAUGCUCAGCUGAUCACCCUCGCUGGGAAGCUGGGGAAGGAGUGGAGAAAAGUCGCCGCUGCCAACCUGGAGCUGGAGACCCGAGAUAUUGAUGAUAUGCAGGAGAAGAGAGAAGACGUUACGAUCUGUAACUUUAAGAUGCUGAAGAAGUGGCAAGAAAAGGAGCAGGGUAAUGCCACAGCCCAGAAUUUAUACAGCUGCUUGAGAAAUGCCCCAGUGGAAGUCCAGGACGUGCUGAAAGGUUUCUUACAGGGAACGUGAAGUUUGGAAGAUGAACUGAAAAAGAAGCCUCAGGAACUUUUAUCUGCACAAGACCAUUUCAACUGGUAGUGGGUAUAGACUUGAUGAGACCUUGAACUUCACCGUCUGUGAAGGCAACUCCGUUUACAGUCAGCCACUCUAUAGCUCACACUGUUCAGGGGCAAAGAGAAUGUAAAAUAUUUGGAAAACUUGAGGAGGAAAAAACUUCUAUAAUAUCAAGAUGUUUUUUGCCCCUCCUGCUCGCACUAUCCCACCGUGCUCCCCACUGGUAUGCUUACACAGCUGUGCAAAGGGACUCCCCUCAGCCAGUGAGAAAUGUGGUCAUCUUCUUUUUGGAGUCUGUGAACUAUGAAAUUCAUAUCAAGUGUUUGAAACAUUUUUGGCAAUUAAGUGGUGGUGUACUUAAACUUGCACCAAUUUAGUCUAGCUUUUUUCAUGUUGACAUUAAUGAAGAGAGGUUCCUAUUCUUUUAGCUCCCACACAGACACACGUGCCCCCGGUACAAUGUAUCUGUUUAUGUGGGAAGUGAUUUUCAUAUCUCACAUUGCUGACCUGUCUGGCUAGCGGUCUGUUGAACCGUUGACCCAGUCGUGUUACCUGGUCCUGGAGUGAUCAGGAAGUGUAAUCUCCCCCAUCA